AAUCCACCCAUUCUAACGAGCUUCUCUCCCCGCAGGCUCUAAUGUCCACCCAACACCUCUCUCUCCCUCUCUCCCGCAUUUUCCUCCCUUCCGUCCAACAACACCUAACUUCUCCUUUCCAACAUCAGUCCUCUCCGCCCACCAUAGUCCUUUUUUUUUUUUUCCUUUUGUUCGUUCCUUACAAACCCUCCCUCCUCCCACAACCCUUGCGCGAAAGUGACACCCAUGGAGAUGCGCAGUAUUUGCCGCGCUCGUCACCGAAGAUGGGCUAUAGCUGCCCUCUUGGUUGUCGCCUUACUAGCCGUCGCGCAGCUAGGGCAGUGCCAGACCGACUACGAUGAUUAUGAGGGCAAUGAUGGCGAAGACGAUGAUGGCGGAGGAAACACAGAAGAUGUCCCGCUCUUCGCUAGCAUUGUCUAUGAUCGUCUCAUGAGCCUUACUGGAGCCUUCGCUAAAGAAUUUGGCAAUCAGCUCAAAUAUUGCAUCAAGGAUUCAGAUAAUGAUUGGAAUCUGGCAUUUAAUUUUUCGGCAGAUUUGAGGUUCCUGGUCAAUUGCAUCAGGCACAGAGGGGACCUUACACAACGCUUGUGUAAUGCUGCCGAAAUGAAAUUUUACUUCAAUAGCUUUUAUGACAACAGUGGAGAAAGUGCAAAGGUCAACAUACUUAAACCAAACAAAAAUUGCAACUUGACUUCAUGGGUCUCUGGAUGUGAGCCAGGAUGGGCAUGCAACGUCAAUCCAAAUCAAAAAGUUAAAUAUAAUGAUUCCAGACAAAUGCCUGCUAGGACUCAGAAGUGUCAUCCCUGUUGUCCAGGCUUCUUCUGUCCCCGUGGUAUUACAUGCAUGAUACCCUGUCCUUUGGGUGCAUACUGCCCACUUGCAAAACUAAAUAAGACCACUGGUGUUUGUGAUCCAUAUAAUUACCAACUACCUCCAGGUCAACCUAAUCAUACUUGUGGUGGCGCCGAUAUGUGGGCUGAUGUUUUAUCUACUAGACAAGUGUUUUGCCCUGCUGGAUACUAUUGUCCAAGCACUAUACAGAAGAUUUCUUGCAGUAGUGGGCAUUACUGCAGGAAGGGUUCUACAUCUGAAAUAAGGUGUUUUAAGAAAAGUUCUUGUAAGCCAAAUUCUUCGAAUCAAGACAUUACUAUAUUUGGAGCUCUUGUUAUGGUCGCUUUGUGUUUGUUGCUCUUAAUCAUAUAUAACUUCUCUGGCCAAAUCCUUAGUAACCGUGAGAGAAGGCAAGCCAAAUCAAGAGAAGCCGCUGCAAGGAGUGCUCGAGAAACUGCACAAGCUCGUGAAAGGUGGAAAGCAGCUAAAGAUGUUGCAAAGAAACAUGCCUCAGGACUUCAAGCACAACUUUCUAGAACAUUCUCACGCAAAACAUCUAAAGGUUUGGGGCAGUCUCAUGGAUCAUCUAACGCUUCAAGUUCUAAAAAUUCAGACCUUCCACCUAAGAAAAAAGAAUCGAGUAAUCUCAAAAAAGUUAUUCAAUCACUAGAAGAUAAUCCUGAAAGUGAGGAAGGGUUUAAUCUGCAAAUUGGAGAUAAGAAUAUAAAGAAGAACAUGCAAAAAGGUAAACAAAUCCAUACUCACAGCCAAAUGUUCAAGUAUGUAUAUGGGCAAAUUGAGAAAGAAAAGGCAUUGGAACAACAAAAUAAGAACUUGACAUUCUCUGGAGUUAUUUCUAUGGCUACUGAUACAGAGAUAAGAACCAGGCCUACAAUUGAGGUUGCUUUUAAGGAUCUAACGCUAACUUUGAUAGGGAGUAAGAAAAAGCUCUUAAGAAGUGUGACGGGAAAACUCAUGCCUGGUCGUGUGGCAGCAGUAAUGGGUCCUUCUGGGGCUGGUAAAACUACAUUUUUGAGUGCUUUGGCUGGAAAAACAACAGGGUGUGAGAUAACGGGUUUGGUUCUUAUUAAUGGGAAAGCAGAGCCUAUUCGGUGUUAUAAAAAGAUCAUAGGCUUUGUACCACAGGAUGACAUUGUUCAUGGAAACUUGACGGUGGAAGAGAACCUUUGGUUUAGUGCACGAUGCAGAUUAUCAGCUGAUUUGUCAAAGGCAGAUAAAGUUCUUGUUGUUGAAAGAAUUAUUGAGUCCUUGGGAUUGCAAGCAGUACGUGAAUCCUUAGUUGGUACUGUCGAGCAGCGUGGAAUAUCAGGUGGGCAAAGAAAAAGAGUUAAUGUUGGGCUUGAAAUGGUUAUGGAACCUUCUUUAUUGAUUCUAGAUGAGCCAACCUCUGGCUUGGAUAGUGCUUCAUCUUCUAUGCUUCUUAAAGCCCUACGCCGCGAAGCACUUGAAGGGGUAAAUAUAUGCAUGGUGGUUCACCAACCCAGUUAUACCCUCUACAGGAUGUUUGAUGAUUUGAUACUUCUAGCAAAAGGAGGCAUAACCGUGUAUCAUGGAUCUAUCAAGAAGGUUGAAGAAUAUUUUUCAGGUCUUGGGAUCAAUGUUCCAGAACGUGUUAAUCCUCCAGAUUAUUUUAUAGACAUUUUAGAGGGGAUAAUUAAGCCAAACACGCCUUCAGGAAUAACUUGCAAGCAACUUCCUCUUAGGUGGAUGGUGCAUAAUGGAUAUGAUGUGCCUCGCGAUAUGCUUCGUGAUGAUUCUACUGGAGAUACUUCUAACAAGUGUGCAGAAAAGAGUAAUGUUGAGAUUGAAAGACGAUCUAUUGCAGGGGACAUAUGGGACAAUGUUAAGGAUAUUGUGGGGCGGCGAAAAGAUGAUUUUGAGUAUAAUUUCUUACAUUCUACGGACUUGUCAAAUCGGAGAACUCCUGGUAUUUUGCAGCAGUACAAGUAUUUCUUGGGAAGGGUUGGUAAGCAACGUCUUCGUGAAGCUAGAAUACUAGGAGUUGAUUUUCUUAUUCUAUGUCUUGCUGGAGUUUGCCUAGGGACACUUGCUAAAAUGAGUGACGAAACAUUUGGAUCCUUGGGUUACACGUACACUGUUAUAGCUGUUUCUCUAUUAUGCAAGAUUGGAGCUCUUAGAUCAUUUUCGCUUGAAAAGCUGCAAUACAUGAGGGAAAGGACUUCUGGCAUGAGCUCACUCGCUUAUUUCCUUGCAAGAGAUACCAUUGAUCAUUUCAAUACAGCAGUCAAACCAAUAGUUUAUCUUUCAAUGUUCUAUUUUUUCAACAACCCUAGGUCCUCAAUUGCAGAUAAUUACAUCAUACUAGUUGCUCUCGUUUACUGUGUAACUGGUAUUGGCUACUUCUUCUCCAUCUUCUUCCAGCCUGGAACAGCCCAGUUGUGGUCUGCACUUAUGCCAGUAAUUUUAACGCUGAUAGCUACUCAGGAGACAACCUCAAAAUUCCUGGCUAACAUAUGUUACACAAAGUGGGCAUUGGAGGCAUUUGUUAUUGUUAACGCUGAGAGGUAUUCUGGAGUUUGGUUGGUAACUAGGUGUGGUUCUCUGAUGCAGAGUGAUUAUAAUAUUAAUAAUUGGGGCCUUUGUAUAGUUGUUCUCAUUUUAUAUGGCAUACUUUCUCGCUGCAUUGCCUUCUUUUGUAUGGUCACAGUCUCAAGAAGAAAGUAAGUUUUUGACGCCUUAUCCUUAGAAACUUGUGCUUUUAGGGAGGGUUUGUAGAAUUAUUUUAUGGAUAGCCAGUUUUGAGGUGCUUAGUUGUUGUACUGAAGAUACAACAAAGAUCAACAAUUAGGAAUGCUUAAAGAGCAUGAUUGUAUUUAUUUAUUUAUUUU